UGUUGUUGUUCCUCGACAUGAAGCGGGAAGAAGCCGAAUUUUGGCCGAAUAAUGGAUCCUUCCCACGGCUCUAGUGAGAAGGAAUACCACUUUUAAUUCAGAUUUCUUUCAUGGUGAAUUGGGAUUAGCUGCUUGUUGGAGAAUUGCAUUUAGAGGUUGAGGGAACCUCUACCCCAGUAUCUGGAGAUAUCAGCUGCAGUGUGGAGACAACAAUGUCAUCACCUGUGUUGCUUGGUGGACAGGUGGUAAUGGAGAACAAUGGAAUGAUGAUGGAGGGGUCAGAAGAUGUGGUGAUGGAUGGGACACAAGUGGUGAUGGAAACCCCUCAGGUUGUCAGUUCCCAAGUGAUGAUUGAAGGGUCACAAGUCAUGAUGGAGGAGGGAGAUGGAGCAGAGUUUGGAGCAUCUGUUUUGAAUCCACCCCACCAUGGCACAGUGACAGAAGCCAUUGGAGAUCCAGUUUCAGUGAAGGAGGAGGACUUAGAAAAUGGACAGUAUGCUCACAAUCAGCCAAUCCUUAGCCUGGAGCAGCCCAAUGUCCAUGAGGCUGUCAUGGGCACAGGGACUCUGGAAGAUAACCAGGAAGGAGAAAUUCUCCUGAGGAACCUGGUGAAUGAGACCUUUCACUCCUCAGCUGGUGCUGCCCAUCCCCAUGACAAUAUCAUUGUUACAACUAGCACAAUCACCACUGAUCCCAUGCACACUAUCCAGCAGCCCCUCCAGCAAGCAAAUAUGAUAACAGGAACAGGAAGUGAUACAACUAGCAUGACAGAUAUUUCAAAUAGUAUUCCACCAGCAACAACCCCUACUAAAAUAGUAAUACAAACUAAUCAAGGAUCCCCAGUGAAGUCUAAUGCCGGACAUUUUCUUAUACAAGUGGGUGGCAACCCAGUGGCUGUGAGCCAGCCUCAGGUUGUCACUGUGGGAAACAAAAAGCACAUCAUCAUCCGUGCAGGCACCAAUCAGACAGCACAGCAGGUGAUUCCCAGCCAGGAAGAGGUUGAGGCAGCGGCCCAAAGUGGUGUCUUCCGUGUGAUAAUACCUGAAGGAACAACUAAGUAUACAAAGGGUCUGACUGUACCUGUUGGCCAGAAUGAACCAGUGAGAAAGCAUGUACAAAUUAAUCUUUCUGAUGGAACUUUAAAAAAACAGUCAAGGUAUAUGACCCACACUUCACAAACACAAGGAAAUUAUGAGGAAGACUUUGCAUCAGGGAGUGAUGCCAAGAGGUUUUAUGAGUGUCCAACAUGCAAUAGUAAAUUCAUGCGGCCUCUCUACUUGCGAAAGCACAUGCGAAGUUGUAAAAAGGAAGAGGUUAAAGUAGAAAAGGCUCCCUUGUACAUGUGUUCUUUCUGCAAGAUGACGUUCAAGACAAAACCUCAGAUCUCCCAGCAUUUUCUGAAGUGUUUCCAUAGCCCCUACGGCAAAAAAGCUUCUGCAGUCAAGAGGAAAAAUGAGGAGAAAGAGGUAGAACCAACACCAGCCAAGCGUGGGAAGGUGGAGACCGUUGAUCUGGAUCCCUCUCUGGAGCAAGCUGUGCAAUUCAGAUGUCAGGACUGUGAUCGCACCUUUAACAAAGAGCGCCAGUACAGCAGCCACAUCAAGAAGUGUACUAAAGUGUCUGUCCAUGAUCUGUCUGGAGCCAGACAGGAGAUUGGUGGAGCAGAAGAGGAAGAGGAAGAGCCAGAACCUCAAGAAGACCCCUUUGCAGACCCAGACCCACUCCCUGCUCCAGCCAGAAGAGGGAGAGGACCAGGGAGAAGAGGGAGACCACCAGGAAGGGGGAGUCACACUACCUCAAGAGUGGGAGCAAGAAAUUCUGCCCAGCUUUUCGAUGGGACUCCUCCAGUACCAGCCUCCAAAGGCCUCUUAGUGGCAGACAAUGAGGGAUUAGUCCGCAGCACAACUGGCCUAGCCCACACAGUACAACUUAGCCUUGAGACUGCUAGCCAAGAAGGGGAACCACAGCCUACUGCCUUAGUUGCAGAUUCCAAGGGUGUAAGAGGAAGAGAGAAGCCCCCUCAGGCCUGGUCUCUGGUAUGUGCCCUCUGUCAGAAAAUGUUCAUAACCAAGGCAGCAUUGGCACAUCACGUUAUGACAGAACAUGGACCUGACCUCGAGCAUAUGCGAAAUAUUCUUGAUGGAAAAUCAAAUGACAGCCAACCCUUGUUCAGAUGCCCAGUUUGCAGUCUUAAUUAUCAGACAGAAGACCAGUUUAUUGAACAUAUGGUCCUUCAGCACACUACUCGCCUCCAGGAAACAUAUACACGUCUCCAGGGACAGACUGCAAACUUCGUGUGUUCCCUCUGCUCAUUAGUCCUGCUCACUAAGAACCUCUUAGUAGAACACAUGAGUCUUGUCCAUCUAGAGGAGUUGGAGAAACUGGCCCAGGGAGAUACACAUGUAGAAAUGCUGUCCAAGGCCUCCAGCAGCCAAGGAACCCCAAUUAAGGACUCACAAAGCCAUUCUUCAUUGCCACAACAGGAGGGACAAAGUUUAAAAGAGACAGUGCAAGAACCCAUCAAAGUGGAGCAGCCAGAGGAGCCCCUUGAGUGUGGGUUCUGUGGAGAAGAAAUCAGCAACCAAGUGGACAUGGUGGAACACUACAUUGAGUCACAUGGCGUUGAGACAGAUGAAGAUGGCUGCCUCAUGGACUUAGGGAUAGACGUUGAUGUCCGAGUAAAAGACACAAAGAGCCUGCUACAGUUGGCAGAUGGUCGUGUGGAUGACAGUGUUCCAGAGAAAACCGUCCUUAUACGGAAGAAACCAAGGCAGAGCUGGCAAUGCAAGGAGUGUCAACAAGUAUUCCCCAAGCAUUUUGACUUUCUGCGGCAUGUUCGAGAAGUUUGCACAGAGGUGAGCCAGUCCAAUAAGUCCACUGUGUCAAGAGGAGGAAAUUUCAAAUGCCAAGAACCAGGGUGUAGUCACCUGUCUUUCUACCAGGUAAAACUCCUGUUCAAGCACAUGGAAGAGGUUCAUAAAGUUGUCGUCCCGAGGGAAUUCAAAACAUUCAAGAGUCUGGCCAUGUUUUACCAGUGGCUUACCCUGGAGGAGAAGAAGUACAAUGUCCGAUACAUUCGGGACACCACUCGCAUUGAGAAGAAUGAUGUGAAACUUAUACAAAUGGUGUGCCAUAGAUUCCAUACUGCAAAGAUUGAUCAGUCAAGAGAAAAAAAGGAAGGUGAGGUGGAGGGAGAAUCUCCAAGCAAACUGAAAAGACGAUGGUUUGUCCGCAUACAAAGAUCCAGCAACUGUCAUGCUCGUAUCCACUUGAAAGUGCAUUACAAUCCAGUCACUCAGGACUACGAUGCUGAGACACAGAUGGUGUACUACCCUCAGCACACUCACAAUGAAGUGGACCAUCCACAAGAUAUCAUGAACAGAAUUAUGGAGAGACACUCUAGAGAUAAAUCCAAUUACCUCUCCAGAAAUGGCAACAGAAAGCGCCUCCAAACAGAUAGUGCAGACUUCUACAUCCAGUGAAGCACUAGGCAAAGUCAGAACCUCAGCAGUGGGUGAGGGAGAUGAGAGGCAUCAGAGAGAAGAGGAGGCAGAAGGACAGCCAGUGAUGAUACCAGGAUCAUUGAAAUUGGAAGAAGGAGGUACACUUACUGUUGAUCAGUACAUGAAGGAGUUUUGUCAGACACAGUUAGAAGGGGAAGUAGAGGGAUCAACAGGGAUGGCAGUCUCUGCAGCAAGCAGUGCCUCAGGAACAUCAUCCACAUCUAUGCAAGCUGGAAGACAGCAAGGCACUACUACUUCUGUCCUCAUGGAAGGCCAUGACACGAGUCUAGGAACUCCAUCAAUGUUUGUAGAUGGCACAAAUGAGGGAGGGUCAGCAGUGUUGGUGGAGAGUGGUGAGCCAGGAACUUAUGUAGUGCAGGAUGGAAUGAUGAUGAAUGUUUCUCAGGGGGAGUCACCUCAGAAGGAAGAUGGCACAGAGGAAUAUGUCCUGCCAGCUGAUGAAGCAGAAUGGACCAAGCUGUUUGAGGUUUUAAGACUCAGACUCAUGACAGCUGAGCUGAGCAGCAGGAGAAAGUUGAGGGGAGGGUCUCCUGACUUAUCAAAAUGUAAUAUCAUUUUUACCAUUGUCAGAACAGGUCACAAUAUUCCAACAACUUUGCUUACUAACUAACACUGCUAUUGAAACUGCAGAUUAGAUUAAACUUCCAUUUUGUUAACUUGGUUGCCAGUAUGUAUUUAUAAAUAGAAACAUAACCUUAAUUUAUCAGAUACAU